AAAAAAAACGAUCACCCCACAAACCCCCCGUUCCAUCUCAGGAAUCCCCAAACCAAAAUCAUCAGUUCAUCAGCGCGAAAUGCGGAAGGCGGCGAGGUUGGCGAGGGUUCUCGCCGCCGCGGUGUCGGCGCCGGCGGGGCGUCGCUCCAUCGUCGCGCCGGUGCAGGAGUUUUUCCGGCCAUGGCUAGGGUGGUCGUCUUCGUCGUCGGCGGUUCGUGCGCUGCCUCCUCAGUUCGCAUUCUCCACUACGGUGCCCCAUCUCCCUCCUCGGAGCGUUGCUCCCGCUACGUCCGCCGCGAUCGUUCCCACCGUUCGUUCAAGCCCCCCUUCGAGGUCUGCCGGGAGCCCGUGGACAGGAAGGACGGCGUCUCGGUGGUUCGGAACGGGAGCAUCAUCUACCGCGGCGACGCCUCCUUCCCUGCACACGAUGAAAACCGGCGAGACUUCGUCUCCUACCUCACCGAUUGAGAGUUUGAGACUGACGAUGCAGUUCCACCGUCGACUACCCCUCCUCCGCCCGUACUCGACGAGAUGUCAGAUUGCUUUUCUCCGCCAACUUCUCCGCAGGAUACAGCCGCUUAUCUGCACGCGCUGGAUCCAACAGUACAGUAUAGGGAUAAACAUUCUCUAGAAACAUGCUAUGAGCCCUUGUUCUUCUUCAGAAAGCAUCCCGCAGUGGAGUUUCAUCAUCCAAUAGAUGCGCCCGACUCCAUGUUUGAUAGAGUGAUAUUAACAGAAUGGGCUAAACCAGCUAUGAGAGGGGUGCUGGAGACCAUCAGCAGUCAUCAUUCUGCGAAUCUGGAACUUACAGAGUUCAGUCUGAAAGAUCUGAAAAUAUUCUGCAAUUACCAGACCCCGGAAUUCAAACCAAGGUUCAAGUUAGUUUGCGGCACAAGGAAUGCUACAUGUGAAGGAAUGAGAAUGAAUUAUAUCCAAGCAGGACAGAUUUUCAAGGAGAUAGUUAAUGCAUCGCUGGGAACACCAAGUUCGUGGGAUAUCUUAAUUGAGGAUUUUCAGGACUUACUGCAGAUGUUAGAAAAUCCCAUCCUUGAGGAGGCUUAUCUGAUGAGAAACCACCCUGCUUUGCUUGCACUGAAACUGCACUCACAGUUUUUCAUGGCAUGCUAUGAAACAUUGAUGAGGGCAUCACUUCAAUCUGUGUUCGAAGUGUUCAAGAUGCUACCCUAUGGGAUGAAUGAUUCAAGUGGUCACUGGAAGGUACGUCUAGAGCAACACCCGUACCUUUGGUGGAUGCUCCACAGUCAGUUUACAUCCUAUGGAGACAGAAACUCUGAGCAGUGCAGAUACCGUCGGAACUACUCAUGCCACAAGAUUCAUCAUCUCACAAAAAGGACUGAACGAUUCAAAUGGUAUUCUGCAAAUGAUGUUGACAUGCUGCUUUACCAAUAUCUACCCAUGUCGCUUCCUGGCUUAAUGAGAGCAAUGUGGGACGAAGGACUGCUUGCCCUUUUCUGCUUGCGUCUAGAUGAGCUUUUCACCAAGUGAACCGGUCAUAUCUCCUGGUGGCAAGUGAAACACCCAUUUCUGGUAAUCGACGAAUGUGACAAACUCAGUCUUAACUGUCUGGUAAUAGUUUUUCUGCUGCUCACAAUUCAUAUGUUUUCUCUGGAGUACAUUUCUCUCAAACGCUUCAGAUGAUCUCGUUGAGUGAGGGUUGGGCUAGUACUGUAGCUUGCUGUUACUAGUACAUUACUUCUCAUAUCCAGUCCUCUGCAGUGAGGGGUGGGGUUAUUACUUUACUGUCGCUUGCUGUUACUACAUAACUACUCGUGUAAGUAUAUCUAGUACUCCUGGAUUACGGUUUCGACAGAAUGUAUAGACUACUUUUGUCCCCCCGGAGGUGUGCUUGGAAUUUGUAUUCCGUAUUGUAUAAUGCUCACAACUAUGAAACCUCUUGUAUCUAGUUAGUAGCUAGAAAUUUUUCAGAUAAAUAUUCACACGAUAAACUUGGGAGCACAAUAUUUUUGCCCUUGUUAUA